GCGAAGUCUUCGGGUUGAACUUGAAGCUUUGAAGUUGAUAUCGGCAAUGACGGAAGCACUUGAAGCACAACUAGAGACUCUUACAAAUGAGAAUGUAUUUUUACAAAAAUAUUUCUCACUGAGGAAAAAAUGUGAACAGUUACAACAGGCCAAUGAGAAGAUUGUAAACAGGAUACAACAUGUGAAGAAACUCAUCAAAAGAUACAAACGAGAGAGGAGAUUUCUGGCAAAUCGUCUAGAUGAUCAUGGAGAUGAUUACAGAAAUGCCCAGAUCCCUGUAAUGUGGGAAGAAGAUAAGAUAUAUGACCCAGUUCGACCAAUGAAAAGCAGCGAUUACAGGUCACAAGGGGUUAAACAUUCUUCAGACAUCAUCUCUGCUGUUAGUCCUCGAGUUCUAGCAGACAUGGGGCAGGUUUCCUCCAGUAAAUCUAAGAAGAAGAUGGAGAAAGUGAAGGAUUUUGUGGGUCCCAAGAAACCUGCCAAUGCCUUUUUGUUGUUUUGUCAGCACCGGAGAACAGCAGUAGCCGAGGAUUACUUUAAGGAAAAACAUGAAGAAAUAUCAAACCAUGAAUUAACUCGCAGAAUUGCACUAGAGUGGAAUAUUCUCAAACCAGAAAAGAAAAAGGUUUACUUUGAUAUGUAUGAGCACGAGAAAGAACAAUAUGAGAGAGAAAUGAAGAUCUAUCAAGAACAGGAGCUGUCGAGGAGGAGUGACAGAGAGAUGACCCGAGGACUAGACAGGUCCGAGGAGGCUGUAGACGCAGCAGCCAUGGGAAUGGAGGCCCAGAGUGCUGUAGACGCUCUCAUGAUGGACAACUGACAAUUCAGCUGGAUCAAAUCCAGUUCAUUCUCAAUGCUUUAUAAGUCCUGCUUCAUGGUAGCAACGAUUGCUGAAACUGUACAUCAGACUUUA